AUGAGCCUGAACACGAAGCCCCGCAAGCAGCCUGGGCACCUCUGGACCCUGGAGACCGCACUGCCUUCAGCAGGUCCCCGCCGAGGAUGUCGGGGGCUUGGGGCAGCUCGAGCAGUCACUGUUGAUCGGCAGAUGGUCUCCUGCCUUCAGGCUGGAUCCAGAUAUCCACGUGUGGCAUGGACACUGGUGUCUUCAGAAGUCGCUCGGAGGAAUUCCCUGGCCGUCCAGUGGUUUGGACCUGGUGCUUUCACUGCUCUGGACCCCAGUUCAAUCCCUAGUCGGGAAACUAAGAUCCUGCAUGGCUGGCACAACCAAAAAGAAGAAGAAGAAAUAGCUGGGAAUCAAGAAACAAGCAGGGCUAGUCUGGCUGCCUGCACCCCGGCUCCUCAGCCCUGCCUGGCUGGCUGUUUCCACCCUGGCUCAGCUGGACUCUCCUGGUGGGCCUGCUCUGAUACAGAUCCUCAGGCCCUCGGGCGAAGCACCUCUUUGCACUGUGAAUGGGGAGCAGCCCCUCCCAACUGCCCCUUCAGAGUGUGA